CGCAAGACCAAUAUUAGAAUAAGACCCCUCUAGACGUAGUGGCUUCCACAAUGUGAGGAACGUAAUUACAUUUUGGUAAAGAAAACUAUCAAAUAAAUCUAAAUCCGUUCAAGUGAAUUAGAUAUUUUUUUCGAGUCGAUCAGGGAGGCAAGCUGUACGCGUGUGAGCUCUUUGGUUAUUGCGUCGGAGUGAAUAUUUCUGCACUCACGGUGUGGUGUACACAAAGUAAUCUACAAGUGAAUAAGUUAAUUUGACGGUAGUGCCAAUCAAUCUUCAACAAAGCUUGUGCUCAGCGGAUUUCGGAUAGCAAAACAAAAAACAAAAUGUCUGAACGCUUUGCAUUAGGAAUGUUUGGUGACUUUGACGAGGAUCCUUAUGUUGGUGCUCGUAUGCGAUACAUGAAUGAAAUGAUGAGUGUGAUGAACAAUUCAUUAUUUGCCGAUCCACUUGGAUUAUUUGGUUCUCCAGCACUUAUGAAUAAUGAUCCACAAACUAGAAUGAAUUCAACACCUGGAUUGCAGCUAAUGCCUAUUGGUUUUCCAAUGAUGCCUUCAUUACCUAUGGGUAGAAUGUUCGCUGGUUUGGAAAACAUGAGCCAAAAUCCAAAUUGUCAUUCCUUUACUAGUAGCUCCAUUAUGACCAUGACAAGUAGUGGUCCUGAUGGACGACCACAAGUCUAUCAAGAAACAAUGUCCACAAGAUCAGCACCUGGAGGUGUAAAAGAAACUAAAAAAACUGUAAGUGAUUCACGAACUGGAACACGUUCCAUGGCUAUUGGUCAUCACAUUGGAGAUAGAGCACAUAUUCUUGAAAGAGAGCAGAAUAUGCGUAGUGGAGAACAAGAAGAAAGACAAGAAUUUAUCAACCUUGAAGAAGAGGAAGCUGAAGCAUUCAAUCGGGAAUGGCAGAGUCGUACAAAGCGAUCAGCUGGUGCUAUAGCCGGUUCUUCACAUAGAGCACGUAAUCCAUAUAAUAGAUCUCAACAGGAAAAUAAACCAUUAGCUCUGCCAAGUACAGUGCAAAGUCGACAAAGUAAGAAUCAGUCAAGGCCCAUAGCUACAUCUUGGCGAGGAAUAAGGCCUACCCUAUCUUCUAGAACAAAUAAUACAAACAGUAGUUCCAGAUCUGCCGAGAAUAGCUGCAGUAACAGUACCAGUACAGAUUCCAACGCGAUCUCGUCCGCAUCAACGCCAGUAAUCAGCGUGCAGCCAGGAGAUUCUGGUUCGACGGCAACUUGGUGCACAUCAACAUCGCCAGCUACGGCAAGAAGUAACUCCGGUCGGAAGCGCGAGCGUAGCCCUGGUCCCAGCUCUCCACCCUCGAGCAAGCGGCACUCGUCGCAGUCGCGAUCCUCUUCCUCUGAUAAAGAUCCGAUACCCUACAUCGAUGUGACCGAUUAAAGUUGUCCUAAUAUAACUGUACUCUUUCAUCCCAUCUUCCUUACUGGUUUCAUCAAUUUUGCCUUUUCAUUUCGUUACUUGCGCACAUAGCCUAUCUGGCUUUGUGCUCGAGAACUUAUAUCGCACGUCUAACUGACAAUUAAAGAUUUCAUUCAUCAUCACAUAAUGUAAUACUAUAGCUAGCCCAUAUUUCGUCACCUGAACAAGCACAUCCUAGAGCCUCUUCGUUCAUUAGCUAACUUUGACGCACCAUCUAUCUUUAUUUAUACUUUCAAUUGGAAAAAGAGGCUUCUAAAUGCAAUGUUUACAAGUUUCAGUGUCCAUUAUAUUCAAUUACUGUAUAUUUAUCGUAGAUAAUUUUGAGGAAAAUCCAUUAGUUUUUAAGGUCAACAGAUGUAUUUGAUUUUCAAGUAAUUUCGCGCUCCUUUAUAGCAAUUUUUCGCGGUCGAAGAAACCAAUAGACUCUUAAAUGUGAGUACAUCAAUGUAGUUUAUGAUGAAUAAAGUUACA